AUGGUGAAGCCCUUAGUAUUCAAAGGCGAAAAGAGGCCUAAAAAGCGCAAGCGCAACCACGACUCCAACGCCGACACAGUAGCCUCCUCAACCGCCGGUCCCCAUCACACCGAUGACGUCGAAAAUGACGAUAGCUGGGUCUCGGCGGAGGCGGCGACCGACGUGUCUGGCCCCGUGAUGAUAGUGCUACCUACGAACCCCCCUUCGGCGCUGUCGUGCGACGCCAACGGUAAGGUGUUUGCCGUCGAUAUUGAGAAUAUCGUCGAGGGGAACCCGGCGAGCGCGGAGCCGCAUGAUGUUAGGCAGGUGUGGGUUGCGAAUAAGAUUGUGGGGACGGAGCAUUUUAGGUUUAAGGGACAUCAUGGGAGGUACUUGAGUUGUGAUAAGCAUGGCAUGUUGUCAGCUACAACGGAGGCCGUAUCGCCUCUCGAAUCCUUCAUCCUCACUGUGACAGAAGACGCCAAAUUUCAGAUCCAAACCCUAGGAAACACGUUCCUCUCCGCCAACCCGCCCACAUCCUCGAAGCCCAACGCCCAGCCCGAACUACGCGGCGACGCCGACGCAGACGCCCCCAACACCGUGGUCUGCAUACGGAUGCAAGCGCGGUUCAAGCCGCGCAUCAAAGAGUCCAAGGCCGAAAAGGCCAGGGAGAAGAUAUCCAGGAAGGAGCUGGAGACCGCCGUGGGGAGGCGGUUGGAGGAAGACGAGGUGAAGAGGCUGAAGAGGGCGAGGAGGGAGGGUGAUUAUCAUGAGCAGUUGCUGAAGCUCAAGGUCAAAGGCAAGCACGACAAGUACAGCUAA